AUGCCUCGCCGUGCGGGCCAAGCGGCUCGCGAGGCGAACGCCGCUGCCCAGCGCCGUCGCCGUGAACGGCUCGCUCAGGCGCGGCGCGAGGCCGAGGCAUUAAGGAAUGCCGAGCGUCACCGUGAGCGUCGUGCUGGCCUGGCUGAGGAGGAGCUCGAGGCGGCCCGAGAGGCAGAUCGCGAGCGGGUCCGGGAACGUCGCCACCGAGAGGAGGAGGAGCAGAGGGAUGCUCGGCGCGCCGCUGACGCCGCGGCCCACCGCGAUCGUCGAGCGCGAGAGGACCGCGCCAGCCGCGCCGCCUGUGACGCCGACGCCGUACUGUCCGGGCGCCAGCAGGUCGCCGUGCUCGACGUAGGACGCCGCGAGGUGGAGUGCCUUCACUGCCGCGCACUGCUGUGGAGGGCAGAGCGCGCCACGCUGUGCUGCUCCGGCGGUAAGGUGCAGCUGGAGCCCGUACCACCGCCACCGCCGAGGCUGCGCGCGCUAUGGACGGACGACGACCCGACUGCCCAGACCUUCCGCAAACACGCCCGCCGUUUAAACACGGCUCUGUCGCUGGCGUCGCUAAUGACGCGCGAGGUGCAGCAGCCGGGCGGAGGCUUCUCGCCGUCAGUGGUGAUACAGGGCCGGCUGUAUCACCGGAUUGGACCGCUCCGUGCCAGGGACGGCGAGGAGCCUGCCUUCGCACAGAUUUAUGUCAACGAUCCCGAGUGCGACGACCCGGCGGCCGAGGCUGCCCAGCGCCUUGGCCACGUUCCGUUGCCUCGCAGCACCCGCGAGCCGGAGCGGGCACGGCUCUUAGCGCUACUCGAGGAGCUCCAGGUCCUCCUCCGGCAGGUCAACCCCUACGUACAGGACUUCAUACACGCCGCCGAGCUGCCAGAGGAGGAGGUGCAGCAUCAGCGCCUGGUGGUGAGCGCCGACGCUCGACCCGCCGACCAGCACCCCCGCCGGUACAACCGCGCGGAGGGGUUCCGCGAGGUGUCCAUCCUUAUGGACGAGGAGCCCGUCCACCAGGAUAUAGUGCUGCGGCGGCGCGCUGGUGCUGAAGGCCCGGUGCUUCAGACCAUCAACGAGACGCACCGGGCCUUCGAAGCCCUUCACUUCAUCCUGCUGCUCCCGUGGGGCACCGACGGGUGGCAGCCAGCUCUGCGGCAGGCCGAGCGGAACGGGCGCGGCGACGUGCGGGCGCUGACGCUCCUGCAGUUUUACGCCCACCGGCUGCAGGAGCGUCCCGGCGUCGACGACAGUCUCCACCGCGCAGGGCGACUCUUCCAGGAGUUCGCCUGCAUGGCCUUUGCGCGUGUGGAGACUCAGCGUCUCCUCUUCCUGGCUUGCCACCAGACCGCCAUCAGAGCCGAGCUCUACCAGCGGCUCCAGGACGCAGUGCCGGCCGACGGCGCCCUGGAGGAGCGCGGUGACGGAGACCGCCUCGGACGGCGGAUUAUCCUACCGGCCAGCUUUGCUGGCGGCCCGCGCUACUACCAGCGCCGCUAUCAGGAUGCCAUGGCUAUCGUCCGUGUGCACGGCCGCCCGACCUUCUUCAUCACGUUCACGUGCAACCCCGGCUGGCCUGAGAUCCAGCAGGCCCUCAUCGGCGGCCAAGAUGCCCAGUCCCGUCCGGACCUGGUGGCGCGCGUCUUUCAGCUGAAGCUGAAGUCCCUGCUCCAGGAACUCACCACACACGGCAUCUUCGGCCGUACUGUGGCGAUGCUCAUGGUCAUCGAGUUUCAAAAGCGGGGCCUACCACACAGCCACAUCCUGAUCAUCGUCCGGCCAGAGGAUCGGCCGAGGACCGGCGAGGACGUGGACGCCGUGAUAUCAGCGGAACUGCCGGACCCGACCCAGUCGGAGCAGGCGCGCCGGCUGCACGACAUCGUCGUGCGGUCGAUGGUCCACCGGGAGUGCGGCGCCGCCAACCCGACGGCCGCCUGCAUGGAGGGCGGCCGAUGCUCGAAGGGAUUUCCCAAACCGUACGCGGCGGCUACCGAAUGGCGGGACGACCACCCCUAUCCGGUGUAUCGGCGGCGGGCGGCAGCCGACGGCGGCCAAGAGACGGUGCGGGACGGCCGCACCAUCACCAAUCAGUGGGUCGUGCCGUUCUGCCCGUAUCUCUCGCUGCGGUACGACGCACACGUGAACGUCGAAGUUUGCUGCAGCGUCCAGUCGGUUAAAUACCUGUUCAGGUAUAUCUAUAAAGGCCCCGACCGCCAAAUGGUGCGGGCCGCGGACCUGGUCGGCGCCGACGACGAGAUCGCCGCCUACCAGGACCUGAGGUCCAUCGGGGCCAGUGAGGCCUGCUGGCGCCUCUUCGACACGCCGCUCAGCCAGCGACAGCCCAACGUGGUGGCACUUCAGGUGCAUCUGCCCGACCACCAGCUCGUCUUCUUUGAGCCUGGGCAGGAGAGGCAGGCCGCCGAGGCCGCCCGGCGCACGCACCUGACAGCGUGGUGCCGGCAGCUGCUCUACCCGGACUUCCCGUCGGCAUACACCUGGCAGGCCGGCCAGAAGGUGUGGCGUAAGAGGAGACAGCGACAGGCGACGGAGGCCAUCGGCCGUGUUGUGAGCCUGUCACCUCGCCACGGAGACGUCUUUUUUCUCCGUGUGCUUCUGCACCACGUCGCGGGGGCCGUGUCGUUCGAAGAGCUGCGGACGGUGAAUGGCGUGAUCUGCGCCACUUACCGUGAGGCGUGCGGCCUCCGCGGCCUCCUGCGCGACGACCAGGAGUGGGAGGUGACCAUGGAGGACGCUGCCCACACCCAGCUGCCGUGCCAGCUCCGCCGGCUCUUCACCGUCCUCCUUCUCUUUUGUACGCCGGCGGACACGCUGCAGCUAUUCCGGCGUCAUGUGGAGGCGAUGGCGGAAGAUUUUGUUUUCCGCCACCCUGGCCUGCCGGACGACCUGCGCGCCCCGCUGGUGCUCGUACACCUGGAGCGUCAGCUGCAGCAGGCCGGCAAGGAGCUGCACGACUUCGGUCUGCCGGAGGUCACGCCCGAGCAGCGCGCCCGCGCUGCCGAGCUGGAGCAGGCUGCCGAGCUGCGCCGGCUGCCGCGCAUUAUCCAGGAGGAGCUGGAUCACGACGUCGGCGAGCUCCAGGAUCGGCUGGCAGUUCAGCUGCCGACACUCCUGCCGUCCCAGCGGGCCAUCUUCGAUCGGGUCCUGGCGGCCGUCGAUGAGCACCGUCCGCUGGCCGUAUUUGUGGACGCCGCCGGCGGCACCGGGAAGACCUACGUCUUCAACGCGCUGCUGGCGGCGGUUCGGUCGCGCGGCAUGGUGGCGCUCGCCGUCGCCUACAGCGGCAUCGCUGCCACGCUCCUGGAGGGAGGCCGCACCUACCACUCCCGUUUUAAGGCGCCGCUGCUGAUCAACGAGACGUCCACGUGCGCCAUCAGCGCGCAGAGCCCGCUGGCGGACCUCAUCCGGCGGACGGCGCUCAUCGUGUGGGACGAGGCGCCCAUGGCCCAUCGUCACCACCUGGAGGCCUUCGACAGGACGUUGCGUGACGUCACCGGUAGCGACGAGCCGUUCGGCGGCAAAGUCCUCGUGCUCGGUGGGGACUUCCGACAAAUUCUCCCCGUCAUAAGGCACGGCACCCGCGCCCAGGUGGCCGGUGCCUGUCUCCGGCGGUCGCCACUGUGGCGGUACUUUGUGGUCGCGCCACUACGCGACAACAUGCGCGCACGUCUGGCGGCCGGAGCGGACGGCGAGGAGCUGCAGGCGUUCUGCAACUGGCUCCUGGAGCUGGGCGAGGGUCGGCUGCCUGGGCCCGAGGACGGCUUUGUGCAGCUCCCGCCUCAGCUGGUCAUGGACGCUGAUGUCGCCGCCGUCAUCGACUGGACGUUCGGUGGCCUGGAGGAGCACCACGCCGACCGCCAGUGGAUGGCUUCCCGGGCGAUUCUGGCGCCCCGUAACACGCGCGUGGAUGAGCUGAACGCCGCCGUCACCGAGCGGUUUCCGGGCGAGGCCGUCCACCUGCUCAGUGCCGACAGCCUGGGGGCUCAGGAUGAGGGUGAGCUGGACAUCCCGCAAGAGUACCUCAACACUCUGAGUGCUCCCGGCUUCCCGCCGCACCGUCUAGUGGUGAAACAAGGGAUGCCGCUCGUCCUGCUGCGCAACCUGGCCGCUACCGACGGCCUGUGCAAUGGGACGCGGCUGAUCGCCGGCCGAGUGGUGAGCCCGCGCCUGCUCGAGGCCACCAUCGCGUGCGGAAAGCACGCCGGACGGCGAGUCUUCAUCCCGCGCCUGCCGCUGCACCCGCCCGAGGACGCCUUCCCGUUCCACUGGGAGCGGCGUCAGUUCCCUGUCCGCCCGGCCUUCGCCCUAACUAUCAAUAAGGCGCAGGGUCAGACACUCGGCAGGGUGGCUGUUUUCUUGGAGGAGCCGCCCUUCAGCCACGGCCAACUGUACGUGGCGGCCUCGCGCGUCGGCCGGCCAGAUGACCUGCGCUUCGCCCUGCCGGCCGGCAGCCAGGGCGCCACCCGUAACGUGGUUUACGGCGAGGUGCUCGGCGACUAG